CCUGGCGGGCGCGGAGGGAAAGCCGGAGUCGGGAGGCGACUUCUUCGGACGCCGCGGUGGUGCGCAGGCGCCGUGGCUGGACUAGGGACUUUGUUCUCCGCGGAGAAACCCAAGGGCGGUGCCGAUGACUGGCUGCGCACGCGCGCCGCCUCAUUUCCGGUGCUCUCUCUCGCUGGGUCGCUAGGGUCAGCUUUGGUCGCUGCCGCUCCCGCUCACCCACCCCCGCCAACCGCCGCCCGGGCCUCCGCCGCUACCGCGUCGCUUUCUCACUCCUUUGAUCGCACAUCCUCACCGAUGCAGCGCCGGGACGACCCCGCCGCGCGCAUGAGCCGGUCCUCGGGCCGCAGCGGCUCCAUGGACCCCUCAGGUGCCCACCCCUCGGUGCGUCAGACGCCGUCUCGGCUGCCGCCGCUGCCUCACCGGUCCCGGGGAGGCGGAGGGGGAUCCCGCGGGGGCGCCCGCGCUUCGCCCGCCACGCAGCCGCCACCGCUGCUGCCGCCUUCGGCCACGGGUCCCGACGCGACAGUGGGCGGGCCAGCUCCGACCCCGCUGCUGCCCCCCUCAGCCACAGCCUCGGUCAAGAUGGAGCCCGAGAACAAGUACCUGCCCGAACUCAAGGCCGAGAAGGACUCACUCGACCCGUCCUUCACUCACGCCAUGCAGCUGCUGACGGCAGAAAUUGAAAAGAUUCAGAAAGGAGACUCAAAAAAGGAUGAUGAGGAGAAUUACUUGGAUUUAUUUUCUCAUAAGAACAUGAAACUGAAAGAACGAGUGCUGAUACCUGUCAAGCAGUAUCCCAAGNAAAAGGAUGAUGAGGAGAAUUACUUGGAUUUAUUUUCUCAUAAGAACAUGAAACUGAAAGAACGAGUGCUGAUACCUGUCAAGCAGUAUCCCAAGUUCAAUUUUGUGGGGAAGAUUCUUGGACCGCAAGGGAAUACAAUCAAAAGAUUGCAGGAAGAGACUGGUGCAAAGAUCUCUGUGUUGGGAAAGGGCUCAAUGAGAGACAAAGCCAAGGAGGAAGAGCUGCGCAAAGGUGGAGACCCCAAAUAUGCCCACUUGAAUAUGGAUCUGCAUGUCUUCAUUGAAGUCUUUGGACCCCCAUGUGAGGCAUAUGCUCUUAUGGCCCAUGCCAUGGAGGAAGUCAAGAAAUUUCUGGUACCGGAUAUGAUGGAUGAUAUCUGCCAGGAGCAAUUUCUAGAGCUGUCCUACUUGAAUGGAGUACCUGAACCCUCUCGUGGAAGUGUUCAGACUCUCCAGACCUACCCAAGUAAACUUUCAUUUUGUAGGGGCCGUGGUGUUGGACCACCUCGGGGGGCUUUGGUACGUGCUACACCAGUAAGGGGAGCCAUUACCAGAGGUGCCACUGUGACUCGAGGCAUGCCACCCCCACCUACUGUGAGGGGUGCUCCAGCACCAAGAGCACGGACAGCGGGCAUCCAGAGGAUACCUUUGCCUCCACCUCCUGCACCAGAAACAUAUGAAGAAUAUGGAUAUGAUGAUACAUAUGCAGAACAAAUUUACGAAGGCUAUGAAGGCUAUUAUAGCCAGAGUCAAGGGGACUCAGAAUAUUAUGACUAUGGACAUGGGGAGGUUCAAGAUUCUUAUGAAGCUUAUGGCCAGGACGACUGGAAUGGGACCAGGCCAUCACUGAAGGCCCCUCCAGCUAGGCCAGUGAAGGGAGCAUACAGAGAGCACCCAUAUGGACGUUAUUAAAAACAAACAUGAGGGGAAAAUAUCAAUUAUGAGCAAAGUUGUUACUGAUUUCUUGUAUCUCCCAGGAUUCCUGUUGCUUUACCCACAACAGACAAGUAAUUGUCUAAGUGUUUUUCUUCGUGAUCCCCUUCUUCUCCCCACCUUAUUCCAUUCUUAACUCUGCAUUCUGGCUUCUGUAUGUAGUAUUUUAAAAUGAGUUAAAAUAGAUUUAGGAAUAUUGAAUUAAUUUUUUAAGUGUGUAGAUGCUUUUUUCUUUGUUGUUUAAAUAUAAACAGAAGUGUACCUUUUAUAAUAAAAAAAAGAAGUUGAGUAAAAAAAACACACAAACCUGUUAGUUUCAAAAGUGACAUUGCUUGCUUAAAGGUUCUGAAGUAAAGGCUUGUUAACUUUCUCUUAGUUUUGAUUUGAGGCAUCCCGUAAAGUUGUAGUUGCAGAAUCCCAAACUAGGCUACAUUUCAAAAUUCAGGGCUGUUUAAGAUUUAAAAUCACAAACGUUAACGGCAGUAGGCACCACCAUGUAAAAGUGAGCUCAGACGUCUCUAAAAAAAUGUUUCCUUUAUAAAAGCACAUGGCGGUUGAAUCUUAAGGUUAAAUUUUAAUACGAAAGAUCCUCAUGAAUUAAAUAGUUGAUGCAAUUUUUAACGUUAAUUGAUAUAAAACAACAACAAAAUUAGGCUUGUAAAACUGACUUUUUCUUUACGUGGGUUUUGAAAUCUAGCCCCAGACAUACUGUGUUGAGAGAUACUUAGGGGUGGGAGUAGGUUUUGAAGAGGUUGAUGGUGGUGGGAAGGUAGGCCUCCUGAAUUGAGUUUGAUGCAGAGCUUUUUAGCCAUGAAGAAUCUUUCAGUCACAGUACUAAUAAUUAAAAUUUCAGUAUUUAAAAAGACAAAGUAUUUUGUCCAUUUGAGAUUCUGCACUCCAUGAAAAGCUCACUUGGACGCUGGGGCCAAAAGCUGAUGAUUUUCUUAAGUUGACAGUUGUCAAUAUUGAACUGUUCCCAAGAUAGUCAAAUAUGUCUCAACACUAGCAUGAUAUAAAAAGGGACACUGCAGCUGAAUGAAAAAGGAAUAAAAAUCCACUUUGUACAUAAGUUAAAGUCCUAAUUGGAUUUGUACCGUCAUCCCAUUUUGUUCUCGGAAGAUUAAAUGCUACAUGUGUAAGUCUGCCUAAAUAGGUAGCUUAAACUUAUGUCAAAAUGUCUGCAGCAGUUUGUCAAUAAAGUUUAGUCCUUUUUUAAUCAAA